UCUUUUAGCCGGUUCGUUCGUGACCGACACAUCACUAGAGUGAAGCGACGUCAUCUGGGAGCCGUUAGGUGGCGGUGUAGCAGCUAGCAGCUAACCAGCUAGCACCAUAGAAGAAGACUCACUAGAUCAGUCAAACAAACUCACCUGUGCAACGGUAGAGAUUAACAAGAUACUUCCAGGUUGUUUCGCAUGAAUAAACACGAUCUGUUAUCUCUCUAGCUGUCUCUUCAGACGUUAACCUCACUGACAUCACCGGUGAGUGAUGGCGGUGGAACAAUUUGUGUCAAAGACACUCGAACUUCUACAGGAGGAGAGGGAGGCUGAAAUAGAGGAGACCAGGAUAUGGCGGGAGAACGUCUCUCUGAAGGAUCUUCAAAAUAAAGGAGUUUGCCUGCUGAAAUUGCAGAUAGCAAGUCAGUCCACUGGCCUGUACGGUCGUACGGUCGUCGUCCUCGAGCCAAGAAAAUAUCUUGGUUUCACAUCUCUGCCAAGCAACAGCUUUGGACCUGGGGACAUAGUUGGCUUGUAUGACACUGGCGGAUGCAGCGAAGCCUCACAGAUAGGCACAGGAAUAGUGACGAGGGUGAGCCAAGCUUCUGUAAGUGUGGCCUUUGACGAUUCCAACGAUGGCCUCAGCUUUGAUACAGAUGCGCUUCACAACCUCUUAAAGUUGGCAAAUGACGUCACCUACAAACGAAUGAAGAAGGCCUUGAAUACAUUAAAUGGAUACGGCAAUGGACCAGCUGCCAAUUUGAUAAAUGUUCUUUUUGGAGAUUCAAAACCUUCUUCUCAAUCACAGCCAAAUGAAGUUGAAUUCUUUAACUCGAACCUGGAUGAUUCCCAGAGAGAAGCUGUGUCCUUUACUCUGUCUCAGAGAGAACUGGCUGUGAUUCACGGACCACCAGGCACUGGGAAAACCACCACAGUAGUGGAGAUCAUCCUGCAAGCAGUCAAACGAGGCCAAAAGGUCCUGUGCUGUGCACCCUCUAACGUGGCUGUGGAUAAUUUAGUGGAGAGGUUAGCCCGGUGCAAGGCAAAGGUCCUGAGGCUGGGUCACCCUGCCAGACUGCUGGAGUCCAUACAGAAACAUUCACUAGAUGCCAUCCUCGCGCAGAGUGACAACGCAAACAUCAUCGCUGACAUCCGUAACGACAUCGAUAAAGCAUUUAUCGGAAUGAAAAAGAUGCGUGAAAAAGGAGAGCGGGGGAACUUCAAAAGGGAAAUAGGGGAGCUUAGAAAAGAGCUGAAAACAAGGGAAGCAACAGCCAUCGCCCAGAUCCUAAAAAGGGCUGAUGUUGUGUUAUCAACCAACACGGGUGCUGGUGACUCCGGCCCUCUGAAGUUCCUGCCGGCAGAGCAUUUUGAUUGGGUGGUGAUAGACGAGUGCGCUCAGGCUCUGGAGAGCAGCUGCUGGAUCGCCCUGCUCAGAGCGCGCAAGUGUAUUCUGGCUGGAGACUACAAACAGUUACCACCUACUAUCAAAUCUCAAAGGGCUGCAUCAAAAGGCUUGUCUCUCAGUCUCAUGGAGAGACUCAUCCAGAUGUAUGGCGACUCAGUGGUCCGUAUGCUAACAGUUCAGUACCGCAUGAACAGUGCCAUCAUGGAGUGGGCCUCCAAAGAGAUGUACCAGGGAAAACUAACCGCCCACAGCUCUGUAGAGAGACACUUGUUAAAAGAUCUACCAGGUGUCGCCUGUGUUGAAGAAACCAGCACGCCACUUCUUCUUAUCGACACUGCAGGCUGCGGUCUGAGUGAGAUGGAGGUCGCAGAUGAGCAGUCCAAAGGCAAUCGGGGUGAGGUAGACAUUGUUGAACUGCACAUAAAGGCGUUGACUGAAGCCGGGAUUAAAGCUAAAGACAUCGCUGUUAUUGCUCCGUACAAUCUACAAGUUGAUCUUCUGCGUCAGAAACUUUCUGCGAGGCACCCGGAGCUGGAGAUAAAGUCAGUGGAUGGAUUUCAGGGUAGAGAGAAAGAGGCUGUGGUGUUGUCGUUAGUUCGGUCCAACAGAAAGGGGGAAGUUGGAUUUCUGUCCGAAGACAGAAGGAUUAAUGUGGCUGUUACACGUGCGAGACGUCACAUCGCUGUUGUGUGCGACACCCAGACUGUCCAGAAUCACGCUUUCCUGAAGUCCCUGAUCGACCAUAUGACUGAGUUUGGUGAGGUCAGAACAGCAUUUGAGUACAUCCAAGACAUCGUGCCACAGAACUACACCCGCGACCACAAAGAUACAAAGGCUAGCGCGUCUUCCAGCAGCUCCACUUCCACCAAACAGAAGGUUAAAGAUCAGCCUCCCAGCAGGGCGAAGCAACAACUAAAGACUACCACUGGUAGCAGCAGCAAUACUGCACAUACUGCUGGUACAGAGAAACACACAAAGUCCUGCAUAACAACACUGACAGAGGAAGAGCAGAAGAAGAACAGAUGUGCUGAAAUCAGAGCGCAGGUGGAGAGCUUUCUAAAGGACUUAAAUCAGAGUGAACUACAGUUCCCAUCAUCGUUUAACUCUCAUGACCGCCUGCUGGUGCACCAGAUCGCUGAGGAGCUGGGCCUCGUGCAUGAGAGUAAAGGUGAGGGGAAAGACAGGUGUAUCACUGUCGCCAGGCCCCUGGUGUCAACACCAGCUGAGGAGCCAACACAAGAAGAAGAAGAAGAAGACGCUCAGGAAGAAGAAACAGUCUUCAAUCCCCAAAGAGAGCCACUGCAUCAACCUUCAGUAGACUUGAAAAGUUUACAUUUGGAGCGAAUGAAGAGGGAGCAGCAGAAGAGGGAAGAAAAUGCUCAACAAAAAAAGCAACAGAACAACAUCCCCCAAGCUCAGGCCCAGUCAUCAAAGAAGCCCAAGUCUGCUAAAGGAAAGAACCGAAUGAAGCCAGGCGCCUGCGGUAUUGCUGCUGCCGCCGCUCCAGAUGAUGACUUUGACACACUCAUCAACGCGGUCGUGAAGGCCGACAGCGUGUGCAGUUUUGUCAAGUGUAAAGCUUCUGUGUUGAUGCUUGGACAGCUUUGCAUGUUCUGCAACAGGCAGUAUUGUCUCAGUCAUCAUAUACCUGAGGUUCACGGCUGUGGAGAUAAAGCCAAGUCUCAUGCUCGGAUGAGAAUAAGCAAAGAAGGCGUUCUUUAUGCCGGGAGUGGGAAGAAAGACAAAUCCAUGGACCCCAAUAAGAAAGCCUAUCUGCAAAGGAAACUGGACUCUAAACUGAAAGAUAUGUCAUCACAGAGGAAACCAAAAAAAGACCAAGAGAAUGACAGAUAAUGAAACCAAAUCAACUCUAUAAAUUAACAUAACUGACUUUGUUCUGAACAAGAUUAAACGAUUCAAAUGUU